AUGAAGCCCGCCAGUCCAAUCGCGCACCGGGUUCGGAGAGGGUUCGGAGUCUUAAGCAACUCUGUCUAUCCUCUUCGGCCAUUGGCAUUGUUUCCCCGACUCUCUUCGCAUGUUUCCAUCCAUCCACACCCAUCACAAUGCGCCAAAAGGCAUAACAGCAGUGCGGCAUCUCCAAGAGAUAAUGAGCUGAAACCGAAAGUUUCAGCUAUUACCAAUGAAGCAUCAAUAUCUCUUUCAGAUCAAGUCCGCCUGCUCAUGCGUCGAGUCCCCUAUCCCGUCGCAAUCAUCACAGCAACCGACCCCUCGGGACCCCAAGAGACAUCCUUCCGCGGCAUGACAGUAUCGUCCUUCAGCACCGUCACUUUGACACCAAACCCCGUGAUAUCAUUCAAUGUGCGCCGCCCAUCAGAGACAUUGAGCGCACUACUCGCGUCACGCCGCUUCCUCGUUCACCUGCUAGCUCCCGGUCCGGCAACUGCUACGUUGGCGAGGGACUUCUCAAAGGGAAAUGCCACUUUGUCUGCCAUGUUGAAGGGACAUGGUGAGUUUGAGCUAGCAGCUUUGGAUUCUGGGAACGAGCAAAGACCGCUUCCUAUCCUGAAGCGGAGGGGGUCCGGUGAUUCACCGGGCGAGGACUUCCCUUUUGUUUUUGAGUGUACGCUACAUCCCGAGAAGAUUGACGUCCACGAUCAUUCAAUCGUACUUGGAAGUGUGAUCAGGACGGUUGAGGGAUCUGAAUCCUCAGGACAAGAUAGCCGGGGGGACGAGCAUGCUCCUGAUCGGCUUUGUUUGACAUAUGCCAAUACCAAGUUCUGGAAAAUGGGUGGUGAGAUUUAG